UGAUCCUUCUUCAUCAAGAAACUCUCUCUGUCUCUGUCUCUGUCUGUGCGUCUGUGCGAAAAACAAAGAAUCCGCCAUGGGAGUGAGCAACAACGUGACCUCGGUCCUCAACUUCAUAGCCUUCCUCUGCUCCAUCCCCAUCAUCGCCGCCGGGAUCUGGCUGGCCUCGAAGGCCGACAACGAGUGCACCCACUACUUCCGGUGGCCGGUCGUCAUCCUCGGCACCCUGGUCCUCCUCGUCUCCCUCGCCGGCUUCGUCGGGGCUUACUGGAACAAGCAAGGGCUCCUGGCCUUCUACCUCUUCUGCAUGGCCAUGCUCAUCGGCCUCCUCCUCAUCGUCCUCGUGUUCGCGUACUCGGUCACGAGGGAGGACGGGAGCUACUCCGUGGCCGGGAGGGGGUACCGGGAGUACAGGCUUGGCGGGUACAGUUCUUGGCUGAGGGACCAUGUGACCGACCCCGAGAACUGGGUCAAGAUCAGGACUUGUCUUGCCGAGUCCGAUGUCUGCACCAAGUUGGCCCAGGACUAUGCCACUGCCGACCAGUACUUCGCUGCUCACAUCUCUCCUCUUCAGUCGGGAUGCUGCAAGCCACCAACCAUCUGCGGUUACAGCUACGCGAACCCGACGCUGUGGCUGAACCCGACAAACCCGACAGCCGACCCGGACUGCUACCUGUGGAGCAACAGCCAGACCCAACUCUGCUACGAUUGCAACUCUUGUAAGGCCGGUAUGCUCGGGAACCUGAGGAGGGAAUGGAGGAAGGCCAACGUGAUCCUCAUCGUGGCUCUGGUGGUCCUCAUCUGGGUCUACCUCAUCGCGUGCAGCGCCUUCAGGAACGCUCACACCGGAGGCCAUAAGUAGUGAUUCUGUAAAUGUUUUCCUCCUAAGAGAAAAAGAAGAUGACUUUGCCUUUUGCUUUUCUUUGAUUGUUCCUUCUUUUUCUUGAAGUUUUUUCUUGGUGGUGGUGGUUCUUUCUUGCGUUUCUGUCACCAUUAGCGUAUAUAUUCCUCAUUGUGCCUUUUGUCAUUUUAGAAUCUGCUGUACCAACGUGGCUUUUGUGCCUUAUCUUUCUCUUUUGACUA